AUGGACGCCGCACCUGUUAUGCCCACAAAUGCUCUUGGAACAGCGCCGCGCAAUCGCAAGAAUCCUGCCAAACCCAAGGGGGACAACAAACAGCCCUCUCAGUCGUCUGCUCCUGCUAAAGGCUCUGGUUCAACCAAACUUCGGGGACUUCCAAAGGACUCGCCUGAGGUCCGAAUGUCGAAAACCCUCUCGUGGCUGCUCCGUCACGGCGCGCAGAGUGAAGGUCUUCCAAUGCGUCCCGAUGGGUUCGUCAAGGUCACAGAUCUCCUCGCAAACCCGCGGGUUGUACCGCUAGACCAUGCUCAACUACAGGAGAUGGUCAAGGCGGAUGCGAAGCAACGGUUUGCGCUGAUCGAAGAGGAGAGCGUAUGGUGGAUUAGAGCAAAUCAAGGACACUCCAUGAAGGCUGUCAAGGAACUCGAACUAAAGCCGAUUCUCUCUAUUUCUGAUAUUCCGACCAAAAUUGCUGUACACGGCACAACGAACGCAGCUUGGGAUUUGAUAGCUGCACAAGGCCUUUCCAAGAUGAAGAGGAACCACAUCCACCUCGCGCAAGGCAUUGCCAACGAGAAUGUCGUCAGCGGAAUGCGCAAGUCCUCUCAAAUCCUCAUAUUCGUGGAUAUAGAGCGUGCAUUGGUGGAUGGAAUCAAGUUUUCCCUCUCAGAUAAUGGGGUGAUAUUGACAGAAGGAGACGAGAGAGGAAUUCUACCUACGAAAUAUUUCACGCGAGUAGAAACAGCUAAGCGGAUACCUAUACCCGGCUGGGAGGGUGUUGCGCUGGAGCCGACUACGACUAGGUAG